AUGCCUGGAUGGGAGAGGCACAUAGACAGUGGUCGCGUCAAACCGUUUCUAUCUCUGUUCUUCGACGUGGACAUCGACCGGGGCGCAUACGCUCAAUCAAAGUCAGCUACGUGGGUGCAGACGUUGAACGAGAAGAUAGCUGCCACACUUCUUUUGCUGAUCGAAGAGCGGAAGUUUGAUGAGUGCAAUGCUUUGCGGAUACUGUUGGAGAGCCUGGGAUUUGAUUGUGGAUUCCUCAAUGGACCGGAGGGACCAGAUGUGUGGGAAGAUCGGCCAGCUGAUGAGGGGAGCAACCUGAGCGUGGAGAUGCUGGCGAUGCUAUGGUUGCUAUUCAGUGUAGCGGACCUCCGCACGGGAGCUGAGCAUGACACCCGCCGGAACAAAGCAACAGAGCGCACAUUGUCUGCCCAUGUACAAAGCGCAGGUCGCUUGGAGGGCCGGGUCGGGGGGACGUCUCACUGGAAUGAGCGGGUUCUACCACACCGAUCCGACAUGCGAGCCAAUGACACAAUUCAGAGCAUGUUUCCUUUGAGCGCUCAGUACUCCUUCCAUGUCAUAUACCCCGACACCAUGUUUGAAGAAAUUCCUGUUGUGCUAGAGACGGGCUUCCGGGAGCCUGAUCUACUGAAAGGCCCUCCUCUCCGUACGAAAGGUUCCAGAGCACGGCAUACGUUGGAAGUAUUCUCAACAAAAACCUUAUUUGGCGCUCUGUCGCAAACCGGCGUGCCAGACGAUCCUCGCAGCCUGGAUGUUCGAUUGAUUCUACCCUCUCUGGGCUCCGUCCACAGAUCGUUUGAUCGAUUCCUCACGGCGUCGAUUGCUCCUAUACGAUCAGGGCUCCGGCAACCGUGUAGGGACCUCCGACCGAGGUUGCGUGCUGCACAAGAAGACAUGGGAAAAGACGACAUGUGGACAGUCUGUAAGAAUGAUACGGACAAAGAGAAGAUGCCUCUCAGAUCCUGGGAGCGUCUUGGCCCCCACCACCAAGCCGGAAAGGCCACAUUGGCUUGGAGCGAAGGAAGGUCGCCGUAUCUGACGGAAUGUGAUUUCGGCAUCUUCAGUGGCGUCUACGCAAAUCACUUCGCACAUCAAUAUGAUUCAUCUCAGUACCAGAUGAUAAUCAAGCGAGCUUUCCUUCUCCAGGCCACCUUUCAUUUGCUUAUUGGCCUUCCCUCAGCGCUCUUCCCCUACGACGAAGCGUCAGACUCAUUUGUGUUGACGACGCAGAACAUUGGAAACGCUCGGCCCCUGUCUAUCGGCAAGCCGAGCUUCGACAGAUACCUUCAGCGGUUUAUGCGCGUCGGCACCCUCGUCUUUCGGCUUGAUCGCAUUGUUGCGAUGGUAGAAGGGAAUCUGCACUUAUACGGGCAAAUUGGCCUGGCAUUCGGGAGAGCGCUGUCAUCGUACCUUACAUUUCUGCGAGGGACAUUCAACUCGAUGAAACAAAGUUUGGGCGCCACGAAGAAGACGGUGGCUUUUGUUUCGAUGUAUCGCGCCCUGGAAGGCCCACUGUAUCACUUGCAAGUUCUUGCAUCGAUUUGUCGUAGUGAGGUUGGAUCGAACCACGAUGAAGCUUCAUUGCCACUAGGCAGCGAGCUCCUCACCCGAAUCUACAACGCCACCAGCCUCCUGGACUCCUCCACCUGGAAAUCCCCCUUCAGACGCGACGAGGUCCUCCGCCUCACCCUCUUCGAACUCCUCCGCCAAUCCAGCCAACCCUACCUCACCUGGAUCGAGCAAUGGCUCGGGAUGUUCAAGCCUUCCCGCCAACGCCACGAAAUGGCCGGGUUCAUGGAACACAUGACGGACGUAUGGGAUUCCCACGGCGAGUUCUUCAUCUGCUACAAGAAAGUCGAGACGGGUGAUGGGGAGGGGUUUUGGAAGGCUGAGUGGCAACGCAGCCAAACUGCAAUGCCGCCGUCGUUUUUGCCGGCGGGGUUAGCGGAUGAGGUGCUUAAGGCGGGGAAGUAUUUGAGGCUCUUGAGGGAGUAUGAGCCGGAUCAUCCGUUGGUUGCGUUACGGACGGGGAAGGGGUUUAGGACUGAAAGUGAUGUGCCGCUGGUUAGGUUGGGGUGGCGGUCGGAUGUGGAUGAGGGGUCGGAAGAUGGUGGGGCGAGAUGGUUUGUGCAGACUAUGCGUGAACGGAUCGCUGUUUAUGCUGCAAAGAAAGAGGAGGAAAUGAGAGUACUCGCUGACGAGUCGGUGCGGCGUAGGGACAAUGCUAUGAAGAAGCGUGCGGAGGCCAUUCAGACCCGGGAAACGGAGCUAGCCCAAAAGAGACAACAAGCCGCCGCGCGCAAAUCAGAAGUCAAAUCCGAGAUCGAGACAUUCCUUCUCCAACACGAGGCCGCUAAACAGCGGGACCGUGAAUACGCUCAGCAGUUAGAGCGGCAAAUGGAAGCGCGCGUCACUGCAGACGAGAAAGCGGCUGCAGAAACGAUCGAAGAUGUGAAACGGGAACUUGUGGCGGAGCAUGAGCGGAAAAUGAGGGAGCUUGAGAAGAGGGAGAUGGUGCUGGAUUGGAAGAUGCAAAGAUUGGCGCUGAACCAUAGGCGGCGGGAGGUCUUGUUGGCUGAGAGACUGAUGGAUUAUGGGGUCACACUCGAUAACGUAGAUGGCGGCCGAGGGGAGCGGGAUGAUGGUCAGGAAAUUGAGGGUGUGAUCGUGGACACGGCAAUAUCGCCGGAGGACGGACCCUCCAUCGAAAUAAGUUUGGGGCAUUCCUCGGCAACCAGCAUCCAGCUGGGCGACGAGGACUCGGAGGAUGAAAGGAUUGAAACAAGCUUUCAAACGCAUGAGACAGCAUUGACUGGACGCCCGAUUAUAGCCGAAGGAACGGGCGACGCUGAUGCAUCGGUGCACAAUGACACUCUUGCAGAUCGCGUUUCUCACAUUGAAUCGCGCGAACCGAACCUGGACGAAAGACCCCACACAGGGACUGCUACACAAGUGGGCAGUAUGGUCCCGGAGGUGGUUCGCGCGGUUACUGGCGAGAUACCGACGUCCGGAGGUGAAUCGGCCCCUGGGUCGAAACCACCACACCCCGCAAUAUUUGCCAACCCAUCCUUCAUGAUGGAUCCGACCGCCCAAUUCACUUCAACAUUACCAUCCUUCGCGGACAUGCUACCAUUGACGAGUUUCCUGAAUAAUUCGGGGUUCUCCCCGUUUUUCCUGCCUGGCACGGGGAGUCACGGGUUAGCGGCGAAUGUGGCGAAAUCGAUACCGCUCGUUGAGAGGGUCGAGGAUGUCGAAGCAGACUUGGUGGUACGAGAGACGAGCGAGAGCGAACCGUCCACCCUGAGGUUGUCGCCGUCAGCGUCACUAACGUCGAUUGCGCCGGCUGAUCCCUCAGCGAACGAUCAGAACCCCGUCAGGAAGGAUGAAGUCGUGAAGGAGCUUCACUCGCGUUUUGACCGCGCGCGCACAGCAACCCCGCCGAUGCACGCUGCCGCAGAUCCCCCACCAGCGCCUACGAAAGCAGCCCUGAGGAAGAGCAGAGCCGGCCCCGUCCCCCAGGAGCUAAUGAGUCUCAUCUCAGAACCGUCGUCCUUCUUUGAGAUCCUGGAACGCCAACUCUCGAAACCCGGGGGGCAAAGAUGGUCGUUCCAGUCCAGCAGCAUGGCGAUCUGCAACACCAUUGCGGCUGUCACUUCCUUGAUCUCGCGGGCCACCCUGGAAGCGUUGUACCCCGGUGUGCGCGCGCAUCUGCAAGUCGCGCGCCGAUACCUUCUGCUGGAAGAUGGGCAAUUCUUUGUGCGAUUGACUACGGCUUUGUUUCAAGAGGGGGGUGGGAUUGAUGUUGAUGGACGGCGGAAUGCAUUGUGGCCCCCCGGAUAUGGGGAGAUGGUUGGUGCGCUUCAUGGAGUUGUUAAUGCUGAAUUUGCGGAGGGCAGGUUGGAGUUUAAUGGAAAUCCGGAGGGAAGAGACGCCGGAGAGCUAAACGCGUUAUCAUUCCUGCGACUUGAGUAUCAAGCACCAGCACCCUACAACACCAUGCUGACCGGUUCCGUCCUCCGGAAAUAUGAGCGGACGUUCGCGUUCCUCGUCACCUUGGCUCGCGUUCGGGCAGCGUUAGAUCGGUCAUGUGAGUCUGAAUGGUGGUUGCGAUACCAAGAGAGCCGAAACAGACGUCAGCGCCGCGAAUCAUGGUUAGAGGAGCAACCUGGAGAGAAGGUCGCGGUUUGGGACACUAGCAAUGAGCGCGCCGCCCGGCAACUGUUUUGGGAAGCCAGGGCGUUUGUGCAUGGGUGGUUACGAUAUGCGUUUGAGAUUGGUGUUGGGGGGGUUUGGGCGAAGUUUCAGACAGAUUUGGACGAGCUGGUAAACACAUCCGCGGAUUUGGAGAAAAUGUACCGACUGCAUCAUGCCACCCUCGACCGGCUUCACUGGCGCCUUCUCCUCCGAGCACAGCAACGGCCGAUCAUGAGCCUCGUCGAAGGAAUGCUGCAGAUCGCAUUGACGUUCUCCCGAGUAGCGUGCGGUGUCAGCGAUGAACUCGCGACCUACGCGAAGGCGAACGCCGCGGAUGGCCGACCAGCUCCAGCUAGCAGAUACCCUGACAUUGAAACGAUGCUCGCCGCGUUCAGGUUGCGGUUCGUCAUGCUGAUCAAGGUGUUGCGGGGGUUGGUGGAUAGAGAUGGGAGCACCUCGAGUGGGAUUGAGUCGCCUGCUUUGGCAGACCAAGGGCAUUCGACGACGAGGGAAGUCGCGUGCUUUAUGCGACUUAUCUUGGAGAUCGACGGGAAUGGUUAUGUGGAGAGAGAACUGGUUCCGCAAUUGGCAAAUCUUCAGAUGCAGGCGACUGCAUAGGUCUUAUGCGUCAGAUGGCUCUGCUGAGCGUAGACGAGGGGGAAGGAAAGCAGUGCUAACUUUUUUCUCCCGUCAUUUUUGAGCUCAUACCAUAAGCUUCGCAAGCGUUCUACUUUGAAAAUAAUAGAGUGUCUGGUAUCGUUGCAUGUUUGUCAGACGAGGGUGCCUCCCUAUGCUUGGUCCUCAGACGCCGCUUAUUGACAGAAAAUCGACAGCGCGUGCGA